UGUGCGCGAACCGGACGGGAGUGCUUGUCGAGGCUCGGAGCAUGGUGGCCGCCGCCUGAGCAGCCCGCAUGGCGGCCGCGCUGCUGCUGCUGUGCCUGUUCUUCGCGAGCAGCGCCGCCGAGGAGCCGCAGCUGUCGCGCUGCCCGGAUCCGUGCCGAUGCACGGGACUCACGCUGGACUGCAGCCACCGCGGCCUGCGCGCUGUGCCGCGCCCGCUGCCCCAGGACGCCCGCAGGCUGGACCUGGAAGGGAACAACAUCAGCGUGAUCGGCAAGGAUGACUUCCGAGGAAUGAACAAGCUUCGAAUCUUGCAUCUGAUGGAGAACGAGAUACACACGGUGCAUCGGGGCGCCUUCGCGGACCUCACCUCCAUGGAGAGGCUGCGCCUGAACAACAACAAGCUCAGGAGCCUGCCGGACACGCUCUUCGUGACAAUGGUCAACCUACAGCGUCUGGACCUCAGCCAUAACAAGCUUUCUGCGCUGGGGGAGAAGAUGCUCCGGGCUUCCACGCUACUAAAGAACCUCCAGGUGGACGGCAACGAGAUUUCCUGCAUUGACGACGCAGCCCUACGUAGCCUCAGAAACAUGGAAAUCCUGACGCUCAACCGGAACAACCUGACGACGCUGGGAAAGGACUUAUUCGAGAACAUGAAGAAGCUGCGGGUUGUGCGGCUGUCGGAAAACCCGCUGUCCUGCGACUGCCGGCUGUCCUGGCUGGCCUCGUGGUUGCGGCGUCACCCGCGGCUAGGCCUCUUCACUCGCUGCAGCAUGCCGGCCGCGCUCAAGGGCAAGGCGGUCGCGGAACUUCACGAGGACGACAUGACCUGCGACAUCGGCUCAGGACUUCCGUGGCCGCGCCCGGUCACCGGAGGCUGCCAGCGCGCUAGCGCGUGCCCCUUUCCUUGCACCUGCAUGGACGGCGUGGUCGACUGCCGCGACAAAGGGCUCACGGCGCUGCCGCAGCACAUACCUGAAACGACCACCGAGCUGCGGCUAGAACAGAACCAAAUCACGGAGGUCCCCUCACAAGCCUUUGCGCACCUAAAAUGGAUACGUCGAAUUGAUCUCAGCAGCAAUGUUAUAUCGAAAGUAGCCCCUGAUGCGUUUAGUGGACUCAAGUCAUUGACAUCAUUAGUCCUCUAUGGGAACCGGAUAUCAGAUCUCCCUCCUGGGAUAUUUCAUGGCCUCACCUCCCUACAACUGCUGCUGCUGAACGCCAACCGGAUAUCAUGCAUAAGGAAAGACACGUUCAGGGAUCUCCGGAACCUGAAUUUGCUGUCUCUUUAUGACAACAGCAUCCAGUCGCUGGCCAAUGGGUCAUUUGCUCCAUUGAAUAACAUCCAAACGCUACACCUGGCACGCAACCCGUUCAUCUGCGACUGCAACCUUCGCUGGCUAGCAUUGUACCUGCACCAGCACCCGGUGGAGACGAGCGGCGCACGCUGCGAGGGACCGAAACGUAUGCACCGCCGUCGCCUGUCCAUCCUGGGUGAUACAAAGUUCAAGUGCAAAGGUUCGGAAGAGCACAGGACACGCUUGGCGGGCGACUGCGUCGUGGACCGUGACUGUCCAGAGCAGUGCGUCUGUGAAGGCACCAUCGUCGACUGCUCACGCAAGGGUCUUCGCGAGAUUCCUACCGAUCUGCCCACCUUCACGACAGAACUGAGGCUCAAUGACAACCACAUUGUGAAGGUCCGGAAUAGCGGAAUUUUCAAGAAACUGCCGAAUUUGAACAAACUUGACUUGCGCAACAAUGCCAUCUCUGAAAUCGAAGACAACGCUUUUCUCGGUGCAGAACAACUGGCAGAUUUGCUUCUUACGGAGAACAAGCUUAAGCAAGUGCGUGCUAAGAUGUUCUCGGGCCUGAUCCGGCUGAAGACCCUGAUGCUGCGUAGCAACCUGCUGACGUUCAUUGCCAACGACACAUUUGCGGAUUUGGAUUCCGUACGUCUCCUGUCACUGUACGAUAACAAGAUCCGGUGCAUUACGCAGGGUUCCUUCGAACGCAUGUCAUCCCUGGCGACCCUGAACUUGCUGGGGAACCCGCUUCACUGUAGCUGCCACCUACGCUGGCUGUCCGAGUGGCUGCGGCGCAGUGACACGGUUACUGGCAGCCCGCGUUGCCACUCACCGGCGCAUCUCAAGGACCUGCCGUUGCAGGAUGUCGAGCCUAAACAGCUCGUCUGCUCGGAGGAAGACCUGCAUGAGGGAUGCGGCUCGGAUGAACUCUGUCCUCGUGGCUGCACGUGUGUCGGCCAUGCAGUCCACUGCUCAAGACAGCGGCUGCGCCAACUGCCCAAGCACCUGCAGCCAACCACCGUCGAACUGUACCUCGACGUGAACGACAUAACAGAGAUACCGAAGGAGCUGAACCUGCUGAAGGAUGUCACAAGAAUAGACCUCAGCAACAACCAGAUAUCGAUUCUGCCAAACAACAUCUUCUCCAACCUAUCCAAGCUUUCAACACUCAUCCUUAGUUACAACAAACUCCAGUGCAUCCAAGUUGACAGCUUCUCUGGCCUAAAGUCCCUGCGAAUUUUGUCACUACAUGGCAACGACGUGUCGAUGAUACCAGAGGGCACCUUUCGGGACCUGCAGUCUAUCACGCACAUAGCCCUUGGUGCAAACCCACUCUACUGCGACUGCAGCCUUCGCUGGCUCUCUGACUGGAUCAAGAAGGACUACAUUGAACCAGGAAUUGCACGCUGCUCCGAGCCUGCAACCAUGAAGGACAAGCUGGUGCUCACAGCGCCCUCGAACCACUUUGUGUGCGCCGCCAAACCGGAACCGGAUGUGCUGGCCAAAUGCGACGCUUGCUACACAUUCCCGUGCCAGAACGGCGCCACAUGCCGCGCCGUGCCGCUGCGGGACUACGAGUGCGUGUGCCCACCUGGUUACCAUGGCCGGAAUUGUGAAUAUCUUGUGGACGCUUGCUAUGGCAACCCCUGCGAGAAUCAUGGCACCUGCAAAGUUCUCGAAGCAGGGCGUUUCAGUUGCCACUGCCCGAUGGGCUUCCAAGGGGACCGGUGCGAGACCAACAUCGAUGACUGCUACAAGAACAAGUGCGAAAACAACGCCACUUGCAUCGACGCAAUUGGAAGCUAUUCGUGCUCCUGCGCACCUGGAUACAUUGGAAACUAUUGUGAGAAGAAAAUAAAUUUCUGCAGUAAGGAAUUCAACCCGUGCAAGAAUGGUGCCACAUGCGUUGACCACAUUACGUACUACACGUGCGCUUGUGCGCUGGGCUUCGAGGGUGUGAACUGCAGCUCCAAUGUGGACGACUGCGCUGAACAGCCGUGCCUAAAUGGUGCCACCUGUGUGGACGGUAUCAACAGCUACGACUGCGUGUGCCCGCGUGGUUUCGGUGGGGCACACUGCGAGCUUGCACCCAUGGUUGCCAUGCUCUACCCGCGCACCAGCCCUUGCCAGCAGCACGACUGCAAGCACGGUGUCUGCUUCCAACCAGGAGGCACUGGCGCUGACUAUGUGUGCAAGUGCAGCCCAGGCUUCACAGGCCGCCGCUGUGAGCUGUUGUCGAGUGUGAGCUUCCGUGAGGACUCAUUCCUCGAGUUUGAACCACUCCAGACUCGGCCACGAGCAAACAUCACUCUCAAACUGGCCACACGCCGUGAGUCUGGCGUCAUCGCCUACACCGGCGAGGGCCAGCAUCUGGCUGUCGAGCUGUUCAAGGGGCGCGUGCGGGUCAGCUACGACGCAGGCAACUACCCGGUAUCAACCAUGUUCAGUUUUGAGACCCUGCCUGAUGGCGAUUACCACUCACUCACUCUGGUUGUCGAGAAGAAGAAUGUAACGAUGAUGGUGGAUGGUGGUCCCACUCGCUCUGUGGUCAACGAGGGCCCCCACGAGUACCUGGAGCUGCACACACCGCUCUACGUUGGCGGACUGCCCACGGACGUGGCGGCCACUGCUCUGCGCCAGUGGCAUCUGCGCAACGCCUCCAGCUUUCUUGGCUGCAUGAAGGAAUUAUAUGUGAAUGACAAGCCGAUGGACCUGAUUAAUGCACGCAAACAACAGCGUGUUUCGCCUGGUUGCACCGAGUAUGACGACCCCAAGCCAUGCAAGAACCACCUCUGCAAGCGCGGGAAAUGCAUACCGGUUGAUCGAUACAACUAUGAGUGCAGCUGCCGCAGUGGCUGGAGCGGGCCAUUCUGCGACCAGGCACCAACAUGCCAGAAGGAGCAGUAUCGUGACCACAUUGAAGAAGACGGCUGCCGGUCACAGAAGAAGGUCAAGAUGGCUGAGUGCAUCGGCUCAUGUGGUGACCACUGCUGCCGUGCUCACAAGACCAAGCGGCGCAGCGUCAAGAUGGUGUGCCCGUUGGGCAGAACGUACACCAAGCAUGUGGAAGUGGUGCGCAAGUGUGGCUGCUCGCGCAAGUGCUGAGGGCUCGACAGACGUGCCUGCGUUGCAUAGGGCUGCUGCCGUUGGUCUCCGCUCAUUAUUGUGUACGCCAAGCCGGUACACCGCGCGAGCAGCUACACAACCCGCCAUUUUUGUUCCUAUCAGUGUGCACAGCGCUGAUUCAAACGGGCUCGACGUGCUUCUGCCUCAAAAGUUUGAAUUGGACAACUAUUCCCAGGAUCAGUGUUGCCAACCAAUGGUUCUUGCGCCAUUUUAGUGGAGCCUGUAUGUAGAAUGGUCAUUCUGCACUUGGUUUGCUUCGGUGCAAGUCUAGAUGUUUCGCCGUUGUGUAAUUCUGCCACUUUGCUCCUCCAAUUGGCUCUAAAAUGGAUCAUGCCAUUUCUAAUUGGCUGCAAGAAGAAAACAUGGUAGAAUAUCUGACAGCAGCAAAACUUCCAGAGCAGCAUCCCAGAAUUAAUUCAAGCACAGCAAGUGUAGUGCAAUCUGUAACAGUCACAAAAAAGAUUGUAUUCGAUGGGCUUUUUAGUGGUCACGCUGAUAUUCUUUAUCUUGCUAUAAGAUUCUCUAUCUAAUUACGUUGGUAAACACACAUACAACCCUGUACUUCAGCACAUCUUUCUGAUUGGUUGAACAAUUCUGUGGAGUUUAUGAAGGAAGUUGGUUGUGCAAUGUCAAAAAAAAAAAAAUAACUUAAGAAAAUAUGUAUGCCUAGCAGAGUUCUGUUAAGGUGCCUACACUUAUCUGAGAUAUGUGUUUUGAGUAUUGUAGCCCUUACAGAAACUUGUCCCAAUGUUGUGAUCAUAAAUUCCUUGAAGCGUCAUUCCUGUUACAUGUUCCAGGCCCUUCCCGAGCCAUAUUUAGUUGCGGUCAUUUGAAUGAUUAACAUUUUGUUCAUAGCAGGACAUGGGAGAAGGACAGCCAAGAAGUUAUAAUCUGUCGGUUGGAUCCGUUAUCUGGUUUUUGGGAAUUUAAGCAGGCUCUGUUCCCAUUUUGUAUUAUCUGUAGACGAAAUGGCACAAGGACGUCAGUGAAUUGCUCACUGCUCUGGGGACCAAAGUGGCAGUUGAUACGGAAUCUGAACCGGCACAACUAUUAUUUUCAGUGUUUGGCAGCCUGUAGUUCGUAGUUUAAUUUUUUUGUUGUUGUUGUUAUUGUCAUGUGCCCCAUUUUUCCCAUCCUGCAUACUUUUGUUCCCCCCCUUUCCUCACAUUUGGUGUUGUGAUUAGCUUUAUGUGUUAUUUAUAUCUCUAAGGUUCGUGUUUUGAAAGCCAAAAUUGCUCACACAGCUGAUGUACCACUAGUUAGCUGCUCUUUUCGUGGAAAGCUUUAAACUAUCUUAUCAUCACAAGAGUGUAUAGAAUCUCAAGUUACUAUCAUAUUUGGCACAGCUUGUGCUUUGACGGGUUGAGCUUUUUAUGUACUGCGAGAAAGAGUUGUCUCAACUCUGUGAAGCCAAUGUUGCUUUACCAAUGUUGUUACAAUGAAUUCAUUGACUAGGUAGUGCUAAUUGUAAGCAUUAUACAUUAGAUGUGAAUCUAUGGACUUUAAUGGUGCAUUGUGUCUGUAUGUGGUGGCCUUGAAUAUUUGUUGAAAUCUACAGCAGCUGCAGUGUUGCAGUUUUGAACUUCCUGCUCGAACAACUCACUGCCAAAGGGUGAAAUUGAAAACACCAGAACUUGAGUUUCUGUGUGGCACUGGUCUGUUUUGUAGGUAUCAAGACAGCUUUGAGAUGAGUGGUAUAGAACCAGUGCCAAAGAAGAAAGAGCACUGCUUGUAUUCAGCAAACUGUACAUGGUGGCUACCUGAAAGGUACUGCAAGAGCGAAGCUAAUUGGAAUUGGUAUAAAUUACACUUCUGGAAUACCAAAAAGGUUGGUCUUAUCAUGAGCAAAGGUCUGGGAAGCCAGAAAAAUCACAAAAAUGAAAGCCAGGUACCAACACCAUAUUGAAGUCCUCAUACUAGCUCUCCAUGAAAUCAAGGGUUUUGACAGCAUCUGUGUGGGGCUAGUUGAUCAUUUAUCAAUAAAUAAAGAUGACAUUGCUUUUUAAAGGAACCGAAUGUUUACAAGACUUUUUUCGUUUAUAAAUAGUCUAAACACUAAAAAAAAUUAAUUACAUAUAUAUAUAUACAUACAUGGUGAAAUCCAUGACAUUGCACUGACAUACUGCUACUGCAGUUUGAGUGCUAAAUUCAGAAGCCUUGGCCUUAAUUUUUUCUGCUACUAGUAAUAAACCUUUUUUUUUUUUAACAAAUAAACUUAACAUAGAUUUCAAAAAAUGCUUCACUAGUUCAAAAUUCAUUUAGUGUGGGUUUAAGUGCCUUACAAGAACACAUUAAAUCAGGUUAGACAAUUAGACUGAUAGAUCACGCAUCUGACACUAUUUGCUAGCUCAUUCAAUGAAACGGGAUGGGUUAUUAGUGAUGAAAAUGAAUACUGGCCCUCUUUUUAUACAUUAAUUACAAAUAUAUGCAUCAACACUUAUACAUAGUAGCUAGCUGAAGUGGAAAUUCAGUUUUCAGUUGUUGCUUUGUGCAGUGAACCUCUGUUCUGAUUAAAUGUCAGUCGCUUACUGUUUCAAAAGUGUAACCUACCCAUCUACCCAAACUGUUGUUUUCUUUAGUUUCCCUUUAAAGUGUCUUGUGCAUAGCCUGAAAGCAAGCACAACAUUGCUUCACGAAGGGGUUGUUUAAAAGUGUUCUUGAUAAAAUGCUAGUGGUACCAUGUGCCACCACUCCUCAGGAUUGUGCAGUUACUUCUUAUUGUGAAAAUGCCGUCCGAAGCACUACUUGGUUUUACAUCAUUCUUCUUGAUGGCUGUGACAGAAGUGACGUCUCUUGGCAUACUGUAACACAUCUGUCAUCGUAUGCCUCUACAAGAGUUCCCUUGUAGGCCAUGGAUUAAACUGAUGGCAUAUAUAUUACCAUCAGCAGGCCUUUACUAUCAGUGUAAGCUAAUAUUUUUCACAAUGCUAUUUCACAACCUGCUUAAUUAUGUUUUCAAGUGAUCAAGGUAUUUGUGCUACUAUGACCUGGUGUGGCCAUGUCUCUGUGUUAUCUGCAGCAUGUGUAUGUUGCCAUUCCUUUCCAGGAUAGGUUGACACCAGUUUGAAGCUGGGCUAUGAAUGUUAAAAGGCUCUCCUGUCACAUUCGAAUGUGAAGUACUUGUCUGCAGUUCUCAAAUAACAUAGGCUUCACAGAGAUGACGCGGUAGCAAAUGCUGUUUAAUUUGCAUACCAGGAAGCAGCUUCAACACAUUUCAUCGCUAUUGAAAGCAUUGGUGGUGCUGCAGUAUCUGAACAAACCAAGAGCUCACGUUUUCCCAUUCAUCUAAGCACUGUCAGGAUAGCAUGGUAGUGACAUUUUGACAGGUUUUGUAAAGGUCGCAAUGCUGCUUUUUCCAUUUUGCACCUGCAUCCCCAUUUUGGCCUUGAUCGCGCUUCAGCCAGGCUGGUCAUGAAAGAAACUGCCAUCGCUGCUCACACGUACUUUAAGGCCUGGUUAGCUGUAUAGAAAUCAGGUGAUGCAUAGCAUUUUGUGGGAUGAUGAUCUUUCUGACGUAAGAAAUAUUCAAUGCAGUAGUCACAACUACAUAGAUGCAUUGCUGAGUGCCAUGUGCAGCAAGGUGUCUGUCAUGGCGUUCUUUAUUAUGAGUCUAGCCAUUGCAUCACCCAAGAAUGUCUGCUGGUUUUCCAUGGCUCUCACCCUUCUUAUUCACCAGCACUUUUGCUUAUGAGACAAUGAAAAUGGCACUAAGACGGUAUUGAUGCUAUAUAAGCUUAAAAAUGCACAUGGUGGCAUGUUUUGUUAUACUUCUACUAAACAAGUGCAGAAUUCUUCGACUUGAAGUGUAACUACUUGUUGCUUAUGUAGACGAGUUUUGUACCAUACUGUGGAAUUUUUGGCAUUUAACACUUGCCUUGAAAAGGCUGUUAACAUUCAAUUGAAUAUUGGUCAACAUCUAAGUGAUAUUAAAUCUUUUAGGUUCUUGGCAGCCACUACAGAGCAGGAUGCACAGAAGUAGCUCGCAUGUGAUGGGUGUUUAAUAUGGAGCCUCAGUUUGCCAGUUUAGGACAUGAACAACAUUGAGUGUGUGGAGACAGCUUCAUUUGUCAUAGAUGUUGUAGUGUAAAACGUCAUGACUUAUGACAGCAAAAGUAUGGUGCAUAGAGUUGUGCUUAUGUAUGGUAAUGGCACUGCCUCACCAGUCAGCAAUUUUGGCAAGUUUCGAACCGUCACGGCUGCUUUUAUUUAGCAUAGAGUUUCAUAUGUGGUCUUAUAGUUGUAUGGCACACUAUAUAGUAUUCAUUUCUCUGUAUAUAAAUGCCUCAUUGAAAGAUUAUAUAUAUAUAUAUAUAUAUAUAUACAGCUAACUGACAGUGUCUACAAACAUUACAUGCACAUUGUGUACACUAAUUAGUUUCUUCCAUUCCUUGCAAAUGAACGUGUAUAUAAAAGCUUGUAGAAGGGUCAGUAACAAUGUUUGUACUGUUGCCUUGAAGAAACACAAAUUAAGCUAUUAGUGUUGCACCUGCUACCCCUGUACUUUCGCGGUCCAGGACCAGACUUCUGCCGCUGGUAACUUGAUUGGCCAUGCUUGUAGACAUGAGUGCGGGGGAGUUGUCUCACUUUUUCACUUGAAAAAAAAAAAAAAAUUAAUCGCUAUACUACCGUUGAGUCACCAAGUCCAUGAUUCAGUAAAACCUUGAAAUGAGGCGUGCAUAUCUUAAGCACAAAGGGAGACCAUGUUUCACCUCUUUUGCACAAAUUGAACCGUUGCAUUGUUGGAGAACAGAUAGAAAACAUCAAUGAACACUCUUCAUGCUUUGUCUUGUACUUUAAUAUUUUUCUGUAACAUUACUGUAGUAUUUUUCUGCAGCCUUUAGGCACUUCCAGCCAUAAUCUCUCAGGAUAAAAUUGGCAGGCAGUUGCAGGAUGUUACAUCAUGACCUUUCCCCAUGAUGCCACCAUUCUGGCCUCUUCUAUUUUUGGCAUUGGUGCUUUCUAAAUUACUCUGUGGAUCAUAGCAGUGCACCCAACUCUCUUCAAUAGUGAUCACGCAAUCAUAGAAGCUGUUGCUCAGCUUCACUGUUUCAGUGGUUUAUUUUGUUUUUAUGCAUCUUCUUCAGGCACUGUGCACUCCAAGAUCAAAAGCAAAAAAAGCACUGAUGAAAAUAAUGAUAUUUAAAAUGUGUCACAUACAUUUUGAAACACUUCUGAUUGGACGUGUGCUGCUGGACGUGUAAAGUGUUUUAGUAAAAUGAGUUGGAAGGGUGGGUGUUUCUAUUGGCAUCAGUAUGUCGAUCGUCAUAUAACAGGUUCACUUUUUUCCUUGUUUUUAACAUUGUUUUAUAUCAGGAUUAUAUCUCGUGGCUGGAUAGCUUCUUUCCAAGUAUGCUAGACAUUAAGUCGUUGAUGUUCGCGUACCUGAUGUUCCUGUAGAGAGACCUUGCAUGGAGUCCACAUUCCGUAGACUUGACAAAACUUGCUGACGAAUGAAAAGUUCUUAAUCUGUCCUGCAGAUAUAUGCUUUUCAUGAUUGUUAAGAUGCAAGAAAUGUGGUGAAACUAAAUUUUCAAUGGACAGAAAUAAUUUCUGGCUGAAGGGGAUAUGCUCUUUUGAUGCUACAGCUGUGCUCCUGUGGUGGUACAGUAUACAGUGCUAGCCAACAGCAAAUAAAUUGAUGUACAUUCAUGUUGCUGCCUGUUAUGGGCCCCUAGUGUCAAUUUAAAUUUUCAGACAAUAGUGCAAACUUUAUUAAUGACCCUUAAGUUGCUCUUGGUAUGACAUAAGGAUUGGAGGUCAAAUAUGUGGCAAAAGCAUUUACAUUGUCAAUGAUCUACUGAAAUUGAGCUCCUCGUUUUGUACAGUGAAUAUUUCUUUGUUUGCAGAGUUUGUUUCCUACCGACUCGGCGGUAGUCGGUGUUUUUUUUUUUUUUUUCCUUUUUUCUAUGGGAGUAAAACAUGAAGUUACACAACCAA